GGUCAGCAGCAGGGGGCUACAGUAUGCUGGUCAACUCUGAAGUGAAUGGAUGAGGAGACACUUUUACUACCUUAUAAAUGGCCAGACCUAGGACAGCUGUCACCCCCUACAAAUGGUCAUGGAAAAUUCCUCAGAAUUUCUGCAGAAGAGUCCUCAUGGGAACUUUCCCUGGCACUCCUGCUGUUUCUGAAAGUAGGCUACCUCUGUUGUUUCCAUCAAAGCCAUUGUCUUAAUGGUGCUCAAACCUUUGUGUAAUGAAGACGCAUGAUGUUCCUGGCACCGGUUAGUGUUUUACAGUUAAAUCGGGAGGCCUUGCCUCCUUUUUUACCCUGUUAAUUUGUGCCUGCAUUCCUUUUCGACAUCCCCCAGUAAAUAUCCAGCAGUGUCAGACACAAGCGAGCUCCACCAGGAUGAAAGUUAAUAAGCCAAGCAAAGACAAGUGUAUUCAAAAUGGGAAGUAAUUAAGGCCAACGAAUUGCAGGAUUUGCCUAAUAUAACCCAGAUUGAUUGGUUUGCCUUUCCCCCCCCCCCUUGAGUGAUGGAUUUGGUAUUUGUUCUGGAAACAAGGAAUUUGAAUCCUUGAUUCCUGGAUGAAAAACAAGGCAGGAGGGUGAAGGGUGGCUGAGAUGCAGGGGCCGUUCAGGAGUGGGAGGAGGGAAAUAAGUGGGACGUCCUAAGCUCCUUUCUAUAGCAUUGCACCUUUCCUCACAUUCGUAAUACACUAGCUAUCACUGCUCAGGUCCUGUCUUUUGUCACAGAGCUCUAAUCCGCUAAACGAAGAGGGAGAGAGAAAUCAAACGAGACCACUUCUGCUAGACAGACUUCAAAAAGUCUCACCCCUACCUGUCUGUCUGCCCCCUCCUUAUUUUCCUCGAGGAGACGGCGGGAACUGAACAGACCCCCAUUGCACGUCUGUUCUCGCUCUUAUUGGGCCUCUUUGGCGCGAGAGUGUGCCUUAACGACAACUAUACAUUUGUUCAUCCGUCCAGCUGUGUGUGUGUGGCAGGGUGAAUGUCCUGUACCCUGUAACUAUGAAGGCCACAUAUGUGCUACUUUGCGUGGGUCUGGUUGUUCUUCCUGCUACAAUCUGUCAGUCUCCUGCUGAACGUGACUCUUACACAGAGUGUACAGAUGGCUAUGAGUGGGACGUGCAGACUCAACUCUGUCGAGACAUAAACGAGUGUGAGACUAUCCAGCAGGCUUGUCAGGGAGAGAUGAAAUGCUUUAAUCACUAUGGUGGUUACCUGUGCCUUCCUCGCUCCGCCACUGUGAUCACCGCACCUGAGCCCUCCAGCCAGUCAGAGCCCAAUGUGCCUGUGGAGAGUAAUGAGGCCUUUAACCCCUGUCCCGUAGGCUACAGGGCCCAAGGAGAUACCUGUGUGGACAUCAAUGAGUGUGAAUUGGACAUGCAUGACUGUCAGCCCAGCCAGGAAUGCAUCAACACUGUGGGCACCUACACCUGUCAGUGCCCUGACGGCUACAGCAAGAUUGGCAUAGAGUGUGUGGAUAUCGACGAGUGCAGGUACAGGUACUGUCAGCAUCGCUGUGUGAACGUGCCAGGAUCUUUCUCUUGUGAAUGCGAGCCUGGCUUCCAGCUGGUGGGAAACAACAGAUCCUGUGUUGAUGCAAAUGAGUGUGAGAUGGGAGCACCUUGUCAGCAAAGGUGUUACAACAGUUACGGUACGUUCCUGUGUCGCUGUGAUCAAGGCUAUGACCUGGGACCCGAUGGCUACUCAUGCAAUGAUAUUGAUGAGUGCAGCUAUUCCAGUUUCCUUUGCCAGUUUCAGUGUGUGAACGAGCCUGGAAGAUUCUCCUGUGUUUGUCCAGAAGGUUACGAGCUAGUUGGAACACGACUCUGCCAAGAUGUGAAUGAGUGUGAGACAGGCGCUCAUCAGUGUGGGGAGGGACAGGUCUGUGUGAACAUCCAUGGUGGACAUAAGUGUGUCGGCUCUAACCGAUGCCAGGACCCCUACGUCCAGGUCUCAGAGAAUCGUUGUAUAUGUCUGGUGGUGAAGCCAGAGUGUCGUGACCUGCCCUUCUCCAUUGUGCAUCGAUACAUGAGCAUCACCUCCGAGCGCUCCGUUCCCUCCGACAUCUUCCAGAUCCAGGCCACCAGUGUCUAUCCCGGAGCCUACAACUCCUUCCGCAUUCGUUCUGGAGACGAACAUGAAGAAUUCUACAUACGGCAAAUCAACAACAUCAGUGCCAUGCUGGUGUUGGCCAGAGCAGUGACGGGACCGAAGGAGUACAUCCUCGAUCUGGAGAUGGUGUCUGUCAAUCCUCUCAUGAACUACCAGACCAGCUCUGUUCUGCGUCUCUCCAUUUAUGUUGGGCCUCAUGCUUUCUGAGGAGAGAGAGAUGGAGAGACAAACGUAGGAAAAACACUGUAUGACAAAAGAUUUUUUUUUUUUUAUUCAGUCUAUUUCUGCUUUUAUGUGUUGAAAUUUGGCAGCACAGUUCCACAAUUCACCACCUAAUGAUGUGAAAUCAUCUUUUUUUGUGGCUGACUUUGGCCGGUGACUGCAGGCCUAUUCUGGGAAGCGCUAAAGCAUCUGAACAUUCAUUCCUCUCACUUUGUCAUUCUCACACAUACAUGCAGCAUACAAACACACACCAAAACACAUAUCUGCUGCAGAUAUAUCAGAAAGAUAUAAUUAGUUAUUAGUACCAGCUAACAAAUAUAUGUUUCUAUAAGCCUUGAAUGAAACAUGAACAGAACAAAUUUCUUUGUAAAUAUUUAGUGAAACCAGUUUUACAUAAAUUGUUGUAUUUUCUUUAAUGCUUAUUGAAUUCAA